UGCGAAUUUGCAGGCGGACGCGGCCCCACCGGGCACUGCAUCUUCAACUGGUGCGGCUGCGGGAGUUAACACGUAUGCACUGCAAAUAUGUGUCCUGGGUGUGGGUCGAACUUGUCACUCAAACUCUGGACCAUGUCAUCUACACAAACAUUUGCGUUGCAUCAUGAACGCCAACUGCGAUUCGCUUUUUGCUACUUAUGAAAUGUAAAUAGCGAGGCUCUCAUGCAAGAUAGGCACUAAGAGACGGAGACCUCAAGAAAAGUUGUAUUUCUUUUUCGCGCAUGCAUUGGCAUUCUACCUCCCUGCUUGGUCCAGGGGGUGCAGGAGCUGCUAUUCCUGGGGAGAACGAGAAGGUCCAAAAGGUGAGUGACAAACUUGCGCCACGUUACAGACCCAGACAUAUUUUUUACAUUUGAUACACCGAAAAAGCCUAUUGGCGGCACUUCAUCGGGAACGAUGAAGCAAUUGCCGGGUCCGGGCUUCGGGGGAUUGCGUACGGGGGGAGCAGUCAAUAACACCAGCUCCCUGUUCACUAAUACAACCAGGAACAAAGGCCCAAUCGGCAUGCGGUCUCAACAAGGAAAUGUUCUACUGAGCGAAGACAGAAGGAACAAGAAGAAGCAGACAUUCUUUGACCCGGGCCACAGAGCAUCGAAACCCUCAUUCUCUACCAACCGCAGCAGCGGCGCUUUGGGUGCACCAUCCGCGCCGGGAAGUAGAGGAAUCCUCUCGACGAAGUUAACCGCGGCCCCCAAUAGUGCGAGAAAAAACAGUAUUCGGGAAAAAAACAUUAACACUAAGACUGGUUUGUUCAGCACGGCGAGUUCAUCUUCGACGAGGCACGUGCCUUCUGCCGGAAAUGCGGGAUACAUUCCCAGAUCGCACCGCGGGUGAGCACUUGGUGGAUCCUGUCAUUGCCGCGUUCGGCGGCGAGAUUGAUGUUUAAGCGACGACAAGAAAAUCGAAAGUUGAUUGAUCUUGAUGGUUACCAGUUUACAAAUUCUAUUUCUCACACAUUGAAAAAAGACUUCCUAAUUCACUCUAUGAUUAAAGCACCUCGAUCACAGUAACGUUUGAACAAAUUUGGCUAUUUCACUUUCACGAUGAUGGUUUCUUAGUCUUACGUCUCGGACAUUCUUGAAUACAAACAUACUCUAUUGAAGUCACCGGCACGGGUUCGGUUCGGGUUCGCUACCACUAGAUCCCGAUUUAGAAUGGGCGUCCCGCGUUUUCUGUCCAUAAUCGAAAUACACAUCUAGGCGAUUCUCUUUGCAUUACUUACAAAUAAGUGCGUAGAAGUCGUACCGAUUCAUCACUUCGCUACUGUUCAAAAAUUCAAACUUCCAUUUAUUGGUGUCGGGUUUUUCUUUUGCAUUGGGUUUCUUCUGUACGUGGACGUACGCUGGAGCAAUGUGAUCGUAAACACGACCACCAAAUAAGUUUCGUAUGCUAAAACAAACUGUACAAUACCAAGCCACGACGAAAGAAAGAAGGCUGUUGGAGAAUCAAAUUCGAAAGUAAGUGGUCUGAGCUUCCGGUGGCAUGGCUGCGCGGGGGAUUAUGUAGAUGGAGUAGUUGUACUCAGACCCAGACGCGAACGUGAUUUUGAUGAACUUAGAAAUGUUGACAAGCGCCAAAAACAUUGCUUCACUGUGCC